AUGAAGCUGUGUUUGGACGAUAGUAAUUGUAUAAACAAUGGUCGAUGUUUUUCAGGCGUUUGUGUUUGUACCAAUGAAUAUUUCACUGAUCAACAUCACGAGAUUCGAAAUCAUGCACUUACAUUGCCAAUUGUUGGAGCUAUUCUUGAUGAUAUUCCAUCAUUACGCCAUUUUUAUCUUUUUAUCUUUAUUUUCUUAGCUGCUAUUGGUUUAGUAAGUAAUAUUUUCUCUUUAGUAACAUGCAUUCGUGAUCGUAUUCGAUAUACUGUAUGUGGAGUUUAUUUAAUUAUGUUUUCUGCAUGUGCUAUAAUUAUGAUGAUAUUAUUUCUAACAAAUAUAAUCAUUGCUGCUCAAUAUGAUAAUUAUUUACUUCGGUUAUGGACUUGUCAUGGUUAUCCAUAUUUAUUUCUUGUUAUUAUCAAUAUAAGUAUUCUAAUAACUGCAGUUAUUGCAAUUGAAAAUCUAUUGAAUCGAUACUUUAGUGUUGAUAGAUUUCGUUCUCGUAAAUGUGCUUUAUUCGUUUUAUGUAGUCUUUCUAUUCUUGUUUUAAUAUCAAAUCUUGAUAAAAUAUUUGCUCGAAAUUUAAAACUAGAUCGAUCAGGUCGUUUAUAUUGUACUUAUGAAUAUCCUUUACAACAAUUUUGGUUUUAUAUGAAUAAUUCUACAUUUUAUUUUUAUAUGGUUAUUCCAUGUAUCAUUCACUCAAUAUGUAUUAUAUAUAUGUUUUCAAAAAUAAAACAACAGAAACAAAAAUGGUAUCGAAAAAUAUUUAUCUAUAUGGAUCAUAUUUUGCCAUCGUUUGUUAUUAUUCAAUGUUUAUGUAUAUAUGCUAUAUUUCAAUAUUUAUUCGAUUCUUGCAUUAUAUAUUCGGAUAGAUUUUAUAUUCAUUUUCAUAUUGGAUUUUUAUUAAUACUUUAUAUUCCACAAAUAUUUACAUUUUUCAUUUAUAUAUUACCUAAUAAAUAUUAUUUAAGAGAAUUUCAACAAUCAUGGAUUUGUCAACGAUUUUUUUGUUGUUGUUCUGCUAACAAACAACGUCAAAUACAAGAAUUUCCAGUUAUACACAAAUUAUGGCAACGACGAACAUCAUUAGAAACUGUAAUGACAAUUUCAAGUUUGAAUGACUAUUUUGUUAACAGUGAAUUUUAUAAAAGCAUUAAACUAGAACUUUAA